AUUGUUCCUUGAAACCUCUUUUUCUUAUCAGCUCUUCUUUUGGAGCAGCUUUGAAUCAAUGUUACCAUGUAGGCCCAGACAUCCUGGCUGUGAUUGGAGUUGACAAAUUACAGGUGGAUAAUUUAGCCUGGAAAUAUGUCCAUCUUAACGAGCCUGUAAUCCCUUGCAUCAGAAGUGACUGAAUGGAGCUGAGCGUUUCCUGGCUGGAUGCCCUUCCUGAUGCCUAUGCGGAGUUCACAGCAGAUAUUUUCUUUUUGUGCCCAGAGAGAGAAAUAACUGCUGCUACUAGGGUUGAACUCACAGACUCUUGACUGUGAGGAGGUGAAGGAAGCUGGUCAUGAGACAUAAAAUAAUGACGGAGAAAGGGAAAAAUCCAGAUGCAAAAUCCGAAAGAGAAUUGCAAGAAGGCCUCAAAGCCGGGGUGACCCAAGAGAAGGCAGCAAGAACAACGAAAGACCUCCAAGCUGGGAAUGCAGAAGGUUUUGCAAAAAUGGGGGGCUCCAGAUCAGCCAAGAGUGAGGCAGGAGAUCGGCGGUUGAAAUAUUUGGAUCCCCGGGCAGCUUUGAAGGCAAUGCAGUCCUCCAAGCAGGAGGAACUGAUUUCUGAACCAUGGGAGAAUGCCAAGGCCUGCCUGGCUUCCUUGGAAGGAGCAGCUGAAACCUAUUGGAGAUACAAAGGACUGGUGGAUCUCAGCAGAGAAACUCAAAGGGAGAAUGAACAAACCAAUGCUGCCAAGAUGGACGACUACUGGAAGGUGGGCGAGGAUGUCCUGAGAGAGGACUCGGCGGCCACUGACACCCAGCGAACCCUUUUCAGAGACUUCUGUUACCGAGACGCUGAGGGUCCCCGUGAGGCCUGCAGCCGUCUCUGGUACCUCUGCCACCGGUGGCUGAAGCCGGAGAGGCACACCAAGGAGCAGAUCCUGGAGCUGGUGAUCCUGGAGCAGUUCCUGGCCAUCCUGCCCUCCGAUCUCCAGAGGUGGGUCAAGGCUGCCGGGCCUCACACUUGUGACCAAGCGGUGGCCCUGGCUGAAGGCUUUACCUCAGGACGGCCACAGGAGGGACCAGGUUUGGUGCAGGAGGUGGCUGUGGGGUUCUCCACGGCUGAGCGGCCUCUGUCAGGGGCUGGAGAGAGACAAGCCAGUGCCGUCGAGGUCAAGCAGGAGCAGGAUGGUGAUAGCGAUUCAGAAGAUGACAAGUGGGUGAUUGAGACGAGGCAAGGGGAUCUCCAGUUGGAAGACACCGAGCCAGUGAAAUUGUGUGGGCCCUCCUUGCAAGAACCUUAUUGGUCCGAAGAAGAUGGAGAUGCAGCUCUUGGGGAUGGAGCUGACCAGAAGAAUGAGGACAACCCAGGUCAAAACAGACCUGAAGGGCUUCCUCUAGCAGAAGAAGACGGGGACUCAAGUCAACCUGUUAUGGUCCAAAGACGGCACAGAAGUCGAGAAAAGAAGACCUGUGCCGUGUGCGGCAAGACUUUCAGCCGGAGCACGGUGCUCGCUGCCCAUCAGAGGACCCACACGGGCGAGAAGCCAUUCAUGUGCCAGAAUUGUGGGAAAUGCUUCAGCUUCAAGUCCACUCUGGUUGCCCACGAAAGGACCCACACGGGAGAGAGGCCUUACACCUGUGAUCUGUGUGGGAAGAGCUUCACCGUCAGCUCAGUCCUCACCAGGCAUUACCGAGUCCACAUCGAAAAGAAACUCUUCAGCUGCUCCGAGUGUGACAAGAGCUUCACUCAGAAAUCUCAGUUGCUCAACCAUCAGAAGAUCCACGUGAGGGAAAAGCCGUUCAAAUGUGCCCAGUGUGGAGAAGGUUUCAGCCGGAGCUCCAGCCUCAAGAAACACGAGGGCUCCCACACGGGGGAGAAACCCUUCAAAUGCCCCGAUUGCGAGAAAUCCUUCAACACGUCUUCCCAGCUGGUCAAGCACCACCGAGUCCACACCGGGGAGAGGCCCUACACAUGUUCGGAGUGUGGGAAGAGCUUCAGCCAGUGGCAGAUCCUGAUGGUGCACCAAAGGACCCACACGGCGAGAAACCCUUCAAGUGCGCCACCUGCGGGAAAUGCUUCUCCGAUCGGGCUGUCCACAUUCGCCACCAGAAAGUCCACACAGGGGAGAGGCCUCAUCAGUGCCCCACUUGCGGGAAGAGGUUCACCCACCGCACCGUCUUGGUGAAGCACCAGAAGAUCCACGCCCGAGAAGCUCUGAACCUAGCCAAAUUGCAAGAUGAGCAGCAACGACACGAGGAAACUUCAUAAAAGUUUGCAAGACGGGACGAAUGCUCAACUUUGAAGGAUACCGACGGGCGACGCUCUUCCCUGAGCCUUCCCUACCUUUUUUGGCUUCCAGAUGCGUCAAGACCCAUGGUCUUCCUGGCUUAAAAACAGAUGGGAGUUGCAGUCCAAUAAAGGAACUGGGUUGGCUUGAUAGCACAGGAUUCUGCUGUAUUGUGCAAAGAUGUAUAUGUAUCAGAUAAUCAGUAUGUCUACAACAGAGGUCUUCAAACAUGGCAUAGCUUGCUGGAGAAUUCUGGGAGUUGAAGUCCACAAGUCUUAAAGCUGCCAAGUUUGAAGACCUCUGGUCUACAAUCACACCGUGGCAAACGGUCACUUUCCCAGGGCUGAGCAUGAUGGGUUAGGCAACACUUUCUUUGACACACGUGGGGAUCCUCCAGUGGGCCUACUCCUCCACCACUCCCCAGUCCCCUCAUCUUCCAUGUUGUGACUGUCUCUGUGUAUGCACUUUUGUCUUCCUGAUAAAAGUUGCCGGCGUUGUUGUCGAGUCUUGGCAAAGUCAACUUUUUCAAGAUCUACUUUAGCUAUGCACUACAGUGAUAAAGAAAGCAGUUCAUGAGGACAGAUUAAGCCCCUCCCAUUUGUGCACAGACAUCAACUAGUAGUAGAUAAUGUAUCCGAUAGAGAAGCAUCCUGUUUUAAUUCAAUUCCCCAUCACAAUGUUAUUGUUUUUUUGCCACUGUUCUUUGGUUGUUGGUCCCCACGUUUCUGAUUUUGGACACCAACAUGCUGUUGUGUUUCUGUAUUAUAAGGAUAAGAGGAUAAUGUAUAUCACAAAAACGGAUUAAAGCAAAAAUUAGAAGUGCCUCAUAA